AUGGCCCCCAAGCCGCCUACUCGAACGCCCUACGCGGCCAUCGUCUCGGCCUCCUCCUCCUCAUACGAGGAAGACACCUCCCCCUCCUCUGGCGACGAACACGAGGCAGAGCAGCGCCUCACCACAAACCGUUCAAUCCUGGCGCCGGUGCGCCAAGAAGGCGACAGUUCCGAGGGUGAUGAUGAGGAGGACGACAGCGAAGACGAAGACGAGCCGGCCGGAUUGUCCAAUGUGACCGCCAAGCGGGGCCCACCCCCGCCGCCGCGUCUCCAAGGUCUGCCGGAGCCACACACGCCGCCCGAGGGGAAUGUGCCUUCUCCCAAGCUCACCAAGCCGUCCCCAAUGAAACGGACGGCGGCCGAGGCCGAGCUUGCCGAGCCGUCCCCGUCGAAGAAGAAGGCUCCAGCGGAUGCCCCCUCCAAGUCGCCACCGCCGGAGAAGCCUGCAGCCUCCGGGGAGGACCACCACACCAAGUCCUCAUCCGAGGAGGACUCCUCCUCCUCCUCCGGCGACGAACACGAGGCGGAGCAGCGCCCCACCACAAACCGUUCAAUCCUGGCGCCGGCAGGCCAAGAAGGCGACAGCUAUGAGAGUGAUGACGAGGAGGAGGAGGACGACGAAGACGAAGGCGAGCCAGUCGGAUCGUCCAAUGUGGCCGCCAAGAGGGGCCCACCCCCGCCGCCGCAACUCCAAGGUGUGCCGGAGCCACAGACCCCACCCGAGGGGAAUGUGCCUUCACCUAAGCUCACCAAACCGUCCCCAAUGAAGCGGACGGUGGCCGCGGCCGAACUCGCUGAGCCGUCCCCGUCGAAGAAGAAGGCUCCAGCGGAUGUCCCCUCCAAGUCGCCACCGCCAGAGAAGCCUGCAGCCGCCGGGGAGGACCACCACACCGAGUCGCCGCAUAUGGCAACGCCAGCGAAGGAGGUCGCCGAGUUGCCGGAGAAGGCAGUGGCAGCUAAGAAGGCCGCUAAGUUGCCGGGGAAGGCAGUGGCGGCCAAGAAGGUCGCCAAGCCGCGUCCACUGAAGAAGGCUGCGGCUUCUGCGGCCGGGAAGAAGGUCGCCAAGCAGCCCCCGGCUUCUAAGGCUGUGGCCAGGCAAGGAGCUAGGAAGGAGGUUGCUUCCAAUGCAGAGAAGCAUUUGCAGGAGAAGAGUGAGACCUAUUGGUACCUCGCGCAGGCUGUGAAGGCUCUGGAGAGAGAACACAAAACUCCAGGCAUGUACAAUGCCGCAUUCCUCAAUAUUGCUGAUGGCAAGGCCGCCUUGCUCAACGCCAAGAUCAAGAAGCAAAGGAUGGCUGAUGCCAAAUUGUUUCUCAAGAGAUGUGACAUCAAGAGAGAGGUCAUCAAGACUCUGUCCGACUUGAUCAAGUGA